AUGGUGAGGCUGUGUUGGGCGCUGCGCCGGGCGCGGGGCUGGGGGGCCCUGGCGGGGCUGCGGGCGCGACCGGACAAAUUUGGCGGGGUGACCGUGGACCUGGCCGAACUGCGCCGUCCUCUCCGCCUGGAGUGGACCGCCUUCGGGCGGUGGCUGCAGGGCGCGGUGGCCCGCUGGCGGGAGGAAGGCCGCGUCGCCGUCUGGCUGCGCGUCCCCAUCCUCCAGAGCAGGUUUGUGGCGGUGGCCGCUUCGCAAGGCUUUGCCUUCCACCAUGCCGAGCAGGGCUCAUCCACCUUGACGCUAUGGCUGGGAGAAGGGCCCAGCAGGCUACCAGGGUACGCCACCCACCAGCUGGGAGUUGCAGGUGCUGUUCUAGAUGAAAGCACUGGAAGGGUGUUGGUCGUACAAGACAGAAAUAGGACUCUAAAUGCAUGGAAAUUUCCAGGAGGUCUAUCUAAUCCAGGCGAAGACAUUGGAGACACCGCAGUUCGAGAGGUUUUUGAAGAGACUGGCAUUAAGUCAGAGUUCAAGUCCAUCCUAAGCAUAAGGCAGCAACACAAACAGCCCGGAGCCUUUGGGAAGUCAGAUAUGUACAUAAUCUGUCGCCUGGAGCCCUCCUCCUUCAACAUCAGCUUCUGCCAGCAGGAGUGCCUGAGGUGUGAAUGGAUGGACCUCGAUGAGCUUGCUAGGACCAAACAUGCUACUCCCAUCACCAGCAGCGUAGCUAAACUCUUACUCUAUGGAUACCGGGAAGGCUUUGGUAAGAUUGAUAUAACCAUGAGAGAGUUUCCAGCUGUCUACACAGGCCUGUUCUACAAACUAUACCACAGGGAGCUGCCCGAGUCCUACAGAAACAUUACAUGAUAGCAACACAUUUCACAUUUCACUGUAUUAAUAAUUUAGAACUAUUAUUGUAGUGAUAUUUAGACCAUAUUAAAAUUAUCCGUGGACUUCUUUUAGGUAAUUAUUAGAAAGUAAUUAUUUAUUCUGUAAUAAGCUAUAAAUUAUUUUUUAAAAGGUAAAUAUUGCUAUAAGUGUGCAUCAGAUUCAUUUUCCUUUACUCUGUAAAGCAAACGUAAGGUAAAUAAAAUAGCUCUACAUGGAUAUCUAGCAGAAAACAGAAGUGUUACUGAUCCUGAAAAUACAUUUUCCAAGUCAUUUUACCUCCACGCACACUGGCACGAUAGGUUUAAAGAGCAAUAUAAAGACAGUAUGAAACAUUCAUGUUUUAAUCUGGCAUCUGCAAAAGCAGUUAAUAUCAGCAAAUAAUUGCUUAGAUUGUUGCUACUUCAGAGAGGAGUAGGAAACUCGACGUCUUUCGUGUAGUGUGCUAUAUAUGUACUCGGAAUCCGCCAUGGAAAUCAGCUUUUAGCAGACAUGGGAAGGAAAAGGAUAGCUUUCUGUCCAGGUCCAGUUUUGGGUCCAGGUUUGUACUGUCCAGUUCUUUUCAGUGCCACAUACCAAUCAGAGUAUUUCCGUGAUCGGUAAGUGUUAUAGUUAUUAGAUUCCAAACGCUCAAAAAAGAAACAUUCUUCUGUUGCACAUUUCUAAAAGGGAAAGAGAAAAAGCUUAUUGAUAUUCCAUCACAAAUCAAUUCUUCAGAUUCACAGGACUAACUUAUCAAGAACAAGUUAGCAAUACAUUCAGUUUUAAGAAAUUCACAUUAAAUGUUUCCUGUUUAAAGGAAGGGUUAUGGUUAAAAUACAGUUUCUAAGUAUGAUUCAUUUAUUGUCUUUAACACAGAUCAAGCAGAUUCUAGUUUGUUUUCACUACAUAAUUCUUUGUUCUGACCUGAAACUCAGUCACAUGAAGAACCCUGUCCCUUGGCACUUACUGACAGAUCCUGACUUCCAAGCUCAGCAGUUUUUCCAUCUCAUCCUGGGUUAUAAGUUAACCGAAGAGUAGCAUUUAAGAGAGAAGGGAGUAUUUCCCUUGCAUUCCUCAAACCAACCUUUUUAUCAGCUAGAGUACAGCUUUUUAUCAGUACAGCAUAGUUUCAGCAUUUGCCUUUUCUAAUUUUGAGGUUUAACUUUCUAACACUAAUUCGAGUCUGGUUUUGUAGCGCUCUGAAACAGUGGCAAGCCUGCGUCUGUCCAAGAUUUUUUAAAAUUCAAAACUUUUACAAUAAUUUUAAGAAAAGAUCAGACCCAGCUAAGAGGUCUGUUCCACAUAGAAACCGAGCAUACUCUACUAGUGUCUAGAAGUACAUCUAUGGAAUUAUUCUGCUUCUGGAAGUAAGUCUUCAAAACCAACUCCGCCUACCCGGAACUAACAUGCCUUCACACCCACAAAUAAAAAAGAAGGUAGUUCUUCACACAACAGGUAAAAGUUGAGCUGCAGAGCUCCUUACUAUAGGAAGUUACGGUUUCCCCCAGCUUACAUGGAUUCCAGUCACUUUUGGACAAGCUCAUAGUAAAGAAAUUCACUGAUGUUUACUAAAUAGGUAAAACCCAUUCUUGGCUGCAAAGGCCCCAAAGCUGAGAUUGGCUGGAGGCUGGGACACCAAUACAGGGACUUGCUAUGUAUGUCUAGUCUUAACACGCUGCGUUUGAUCACCAUCAGGUAGAAGAUGCUCACCGCAUAUAAAGCCCUCAAAAGGUAAGCCUGCCAUUAGUGAAUGCAGCAUGACACUCUUCCUUCUGCGUGUCUCUGCGCAGCAGAAAGCACUGCUCCCUCGGGGUGACCAUACCAAAGAGAAAGAGUCUUCCUUUUCAAGUGAUCCCUCUCCAUCAGUGAGAUCAUGAAUGGCAGGCACUAUCAGUUGCAGGACUUUAGCCCUCAGAUUUCCCUGGAUAUUUAUUGCCUGGAGGAGUUAAAACCAAGUUAAUUUAACUAUGACUAGUAUUUAUGCCCUCGUAGCACUCACAGCGGCAAACCUGCCCACAGAACCUGUGCUUUAAGCAAAAGAAAUCAUCUUCUCAAAUACAAAGAUGGCAGAAGUUCAAGACAGCAGGAACUUACUGGAGCUGGGGCCGGGGGUGCGACAACGACACGACACUUUCUUUUCAUAUACAUCAUCAACCCAGAAAAUUUUUGGGAAUGCCAGAGAAAAGCUAGUCAUUAAAGAGAAGGCAUGUAAAAUCUUGGAAAGGAGACAGGGAAUGUGAAGCAAUUCCCUAAAGGAGCAGGCUGCUUUCUGUUACAGCCUUCUGUUAAUAUUCAUGAAGUAUCCAACUAGAACUGAAAAGUGAGCUUGGAACAACUAGACUUCAUACGGUGUGCACGAAAAGGUACAGAAGAGUAGCUCCUCAUAUAUGCCAAGUUUCUGUAGCUACAAGCAAUUAAGUCAUUGAAAUGCAGUCUGGAAUACAGUGAUCUGUCUCACACAUACGUCUUCAAAUAGAAGGGGGUUUCUUCCACUUCAGCCAUUUUCAGAUAUGAAUUUUGGUUUCUAAGGAAAAGAACUUGUAAGAGAAAAUCCAUGUGCAAUUUGUCAUUUCUGUAACUCACUAGUAUUUUUACAUUUCAAAUAGCAGAAUUAACAAUUCUCAUAUGAUUUGUAUUUUAAAUAAUCUUUCUCAAAAUAAAUCGUAUUUUAGUGCCUUUCAUUCCA